AGUGUGUGACGUCGGCGCACGUUUUUCUUCUUAGGUGCGUUUUUUAGUUAUCGCGUGCAUCAAUGAAGUCCUGAAUAACACGCGUUACAUCCCCGUCAAACUCAUAAACUAAUACUACGAGCAUUUUAAAACCCCCAAACCUCUUUAUCCUCUUUUGCUGCUGUUCUCCUGAUACCCUGUGUCUAAUUUGACUUUAUUUUAUAUUUUGUAUUAUCAUUCUUUUAUGCUGUACAGCGCAGGCUAUUUUAGAGAAAGACAACUAAAAGCUGUUUGGGAUGGACUUUGGCUUUAUUUCGAAUUCAUCUUUUUCAUCCUUCAGUUCGUCGGAGAAUCGAGGAGGAGAACAUGAGCAGUAUAACAAUGUGCUCAUGCCAGGCAUCUUUGGUGUCAUCUGUGUCUUUGGGAUCUUUGGAAACUGCAUUGUAAUUUACACCAUUGUGAAGAAAACCAAGUUCUGGUCCCAACAAACAGUACCAGACAUAUUUAUCUUCAGCUUAUCCAUCGCAGACCUCCUCUUCCUCCUCGGCAUGCCGUUUCUCAUCCACCAGCUUGUGGGAAAUGGCUCCUGGUGCUUUGGCGGCACCAUGUGCACUGUCAUCACGGCGCUCGAUUCUAACAGCCAGAUUGUCAGCACAUACAUCCUGACUGUGAUGACUCUAGAUCGCUACCUGGCCACUGUCCAUCCCAUCCGUUUCAAACAUGUUCGAACCCCCUCGGUGGCUGGGGUGGCAGUAGCUCUGGUGUGGGUGUUUUCUCUGGUCUCCAUCACUCCGAUCUGGAUGUACACAGGGCUCAUGAGUCUCAAGGAUGGCUCAGUGGGCUGUGCCCUCCUGCUGCCCAACCCAGCCACGGAUACAUAUUGGUUCACCCUCUACCAAUUCUUCUUGGCUUUUGCUCUGCCUUGGGUGGUCAUCUGUGGGGUCUUCUUCAAGAUUCUCCAAAACAUGUCAGCUACAGUUGGUCCACUGCCUCAGCGCAGCCUGAGGGUGCGGACGAGAAAGGUGACCCGUAUGGCAGUGGCCAUAUGUCUGGCAUUCUUCACUUGCUGGGCCCCCUACUACAUUUUGCAGUUGGUCCACCUUGGAGUGCAGCGGCCCACCUUUGCCUUUCUGUAUGCCUACAACAUUGCCAUCAGCAUGGGCUAUGCCAACAGCUGCAUUAACCCAUUCAUAUACAUUGUAUUAAGUGAAACUUUUAAGAGGCAGUUCAUUGUAGCCGUUCGGCCAUCCCACAGGGGUUUCAGAGUUGCCCCUGCACUGGCUGAUGGCAGCAUGAGUCUGAGGACAGCACCGGACAGCUUUCAUCUAUCUCACAUACACUCAUCAAGGGAACUACUUCAAAACAUGCUGCCUGUCACUGUGGCUGUGCACUGAGAUGGAUAUUUAUCUGGCCAUCCAUGAGGACAACGAAUCACCACCUACCACCACCCACUCUUAUUCCCUCUGCAAACACUUCUGUUUCCACAAAGACAUAAUGAAGAGGAGGUUACCGUUCCAAAUGGGACUCUACUGGACUAUAAAGUACAUAUAUGUGCAAAGUGGUGAUAGAAUCUGUGACAUUUCAUGUAACAUGAGGAGAAGUUAUAUUUAAUCACCCUUCUAGCAAAAUGAGAAAAAAGGAACGAUAGAUGAAUUCUUGUGUCUUGUGGUAAACAACAUGUUUAGGCUACAGAAAAUCAGUCAUUGUAGCAAAACAGCAAAGGCAAAUUCAUAAUUAAGCAUAAUGAGUGACUUAAACCCCCCUGUUGUUUACUGAGUAUUAACAGCUUGAUUAAUCAUUAUUGUUUGUCUGUAUCUUUUUAAA